ACAGUGAGUUUUCCUGGACGAAUACUACAACCCAUUUCUGCCAUCCUUGAGCUUUAUUUCUUUUUGAAUGCGGAAGGUGUCUGGAAACCCCUUGUUUAAGGUGACAGUUGAAAUUGCCUUGCAAAAGUGAUGCUUUUUUUUUUAUUAAGAUAUAUUCCGAGGUCUCGUAUGUUUCACCACUGAAUUCUGUUCGGAAACUGAAAAAUACACGAGAGUUUGGAUGAAGAACAGGAUUGGACAAGAAAUUUCUGAUCGAGAAUUGCCAGAUAAACGUGCCGUCUGUACGCGGUGUCAUUGUGUUCUGGGUCGGCUGAACCGCAGCGGGUGAUGAUGGACUCCAGGAUGAAGGAUGUGUGCCGGGUGUGUGGCGGGGAGCUGUGUGGGAACCAGCGCCGGUGGAUAUUCCACCCAUCCUCCAGGCUCAGCCUGCAGGUGUUGCUGUCCCACGCUGUGGGGAGUGAGGUGGCCCGUGAUGGACGCAGCGAGUUCACCUGCAGCAAGUGCUCCUUUACAUUGGAGCGCCUGUACCGCUUCGACACGGUCAUCGCUCGUGUCCAGGCACUUUCUGUGGAGCGGCUCCAGAAGCUGCUCCUGGACAAGGAAGGGUUGAGGCAACACGUUGCCAGCCUGUACAGCCGGAACAACAAUUGUGGCCCCAGGGAUGGGCCGGUUGAAGGUGGUGUUGACUGCCUGGUGGGCGUUGCCGAUCCAUCAAGCGCCAAGUAUGGUGCUCUGCUCCAGGAGGACCUGGCCUACUCUGAAUUUGAGUCCUGGGCAGGGCAUGGGGAGCAGGAGCUAAAGUACUUUCAUGGAGCCUCCAGAGUGGCAGAGGUCCCAGGCCACUGGCCCAGGAGGUGCCAGGGUUGUUCAGGCCUGCGCGUUGCCGACUCGGACUACGAAGCUGUUUGCAGAGUGCCCCGGAAGGCAGCCCGCAGCCUGUCCUGCGGACCGUCCACCCGCUCUUCAGCUGUCACAUUGUACAUCAGGGAUGAGGUUCCUGCAGAAACCACUGUGCCAGAGGGCCGGUACAUUGCUUUGGGCGAUGACCAAAUCCCAGGGGAGGGUAGUGCAGAACAUGUGAGCCCCACCUGCUCCGCGGAGUCUCUGAAUCCAUCUACUGACCCAGCCCAGGCAUCCGCUAAAGGAAGGGAUCAGAAGAAGGCCCAGUUUUCUCAACGGGACCAACUGACUGAACAGAAGAGGACCACUGACCGUCCCAGCCAGGUGGAGGAGACCCUCAGCUUGGGCAAGCACCCAGCGUACAUGCCUAUCAAGAGCCUGCGGGGCAGCCGACUUCCAGUUUUGGUCAAACCCACAUGUUCAGCGUCCACCUUUAAGAGCUGUUCCACCAGUGGAGGUUGUGAAGUCCCCUUCAGGCAGCAACACUUCCGGGCAGAUCUGUCACUCCUGGAAGACCUGUGGCAGGAUGUCUAUAUGGAGUACAUCCCAUUACGCCUCGGGGAGGCGCUGAUCGAGCGGCAGCAGUCCCAGCUGAGCCAGUACGAGCGUGCUGCGGGGGAGUGCGAUGGCGAGCUGCAGAAGGCGCAGCAUCAGGUGCGGUCCCUCCAGGCCAAAAUCCAGCGCAGUGAGGCCAGCAACCAGAAGCUGCAGGACAAGCUGUGCGAGAUGGAGACAGAGCUUCACUCUGUUCGUCAUUCAGCCCGGCAGCAAGAGCGCACCAUCCAGAGCCUGAGCGACACGCUUCGCACCCGGGACGUAGAGGCUGAGGAGCUGCGUGUUGUUGUGGAAGGGCAGAACGAGUCGCUGCGUAAGCUAAGGGAGGCUGUUGCUCACAGGCAACUCCAGCAACCACAGGCGCUGAAUGAGGAGUGCCCGCGGCUGCAGGCAGAUCUCCUGGCCCUGCAGGGGUCCCUCUUCUCUACCCAGCUGGAGUUGCAAGGCAGCCGGAGAGCCCGGGAGAAGAGCGAGCGUCAGGUGGCCGACCUGAUCCGUGACCGUGACCGCCUCCAGAAUGACCAGCAGGAGGCGCUGGAGCAUAGAAGUGCUAUGCAGCAGCACAGCCAGGAGCUGCGCAGGGCUCUGCGGGAGGCCAGAUCCGCUCUGCGGGAGAAGGAAGAGCGGCUGCGGGAGCAGGAAGGCCGGGCGCUGGCGGAGCGGGAGGCGCAGAACAGGACCGUCCAGCUGCUGAGACUCUCGCUGCAGGAGAAAGAGCAGCUGCUCCAGGAAUACUCCGAGCUCCUGGACAGUCUGCAGGACCGCAGGGGAUCCCGGGAUGUCCUUUUGGACAAACUGAGGGAACGCGUCAAAGAGCGGGAUCGAGCUCUGGAGCGUUCCGUUGAUGACAAGUUCCGCUGCCUGGAGGAGAAGGAUGCAGAGGUGCAGAGGAUGCAGCUGGCCCUCAGGGAGAAGGAUCGGGACCUUGAGAGGCUGCGUUGCGUCACAUCCAACAACGAGGAUACCAUCACGAGCCUGGACAGCCUGUUGCGGGCGAAGCAGCUGGAGCUGGACCGUGUGGCGGACACCUGCAAAAGCGUGCAGAGGCUACAGCGAGAGGUGCGGGAGCGACUGGAACGCAGCCUGGCGGAGAAGGAGACGCUCCUCAGCCAGAUGCAGGCCUCUCUGAACACUCGCACCAAGGAGGUGCAGGAGCUCACCGCUGCGUUGCUCAGCAAGGUCUCCGUGAGUCAGGGCGAGGUGGUGGAGCAGCUCCAGAAGAGCCUUCAUUUGAAAGAGCUCCUGUUCCAGAAAGUGCUGUCGGACCGAAACCAGCAGGCCCAGGAGCACCACGCUGAGAUCCAGGAGCUUCUCCGCACCAUCGGCGCCAGGGACCAGUACAUCCAGGACUCCUCCGGGCAGCUGGCUCAGGUGAUCAGCGAGCGCCAAGCUGAGGUGCAAGAGCUGCGCCGGCAACUGAUGGUCCAGGAGCGAGAGGAGGACAAAUUACGUGGCUCGGGAGAAGGCCGGGGCCAGCUGGAGCACCUGCAUGCCCAGCUGCACGAGAAGGAGGCCAUUAUCCAGGAGCUAAUGCAAAAUCGGGAGGAGCCGAUGGUCACAUCCAGCCAAGGAGAAGUGGGCACAGGGCUGUGUGAUGGUAGGUGCGAGGCCCAGGAGAAGUUACAGGCUGUCCAGGAGGAGCUACACAUUGCUUUGAGGAAGGAGAAGGAAGCCCAGCUGGAGGUGUCGAGCCUGCGUUUGGCCCUGUCUGAAGGAUCGGAGGAGACGUCCACCUCCGAGUCCAACCCAGAGAUCACACACCAUAAGGAGGACCUCAUGAAGCUGGUGUCACUCUAUCGCCAACUGAGUGAAGCUCUGAAGACAGAGAGACAAGUUUACAACAGCGUGGGCCUGAUCCGCUCCCAAGGAGACGGCCCUGAGAAGAUGAAGGCGCUGCACGUGGAACUGGACAAGGUUCAGGCGUUGCGAGGGCAGUUGGAGGAGCUCCUUUCAAGGGCUCGAGGUGCAGCCUUGGCACAUGAAAAGGCAGCUGCGGGGCAGCCUAGUGUUGGAGAGCUCAGCACAGAGGAGGAACCAGAGGAAGAAGAUGGGAGCAGUGAGUUCACGGAUGGCGCCGAGGAGGCGGACGUCACAGUGACGGCUCGAACCUUGGCUGCCGCGCAGAAUGGUAGCGCUGCCCAUGAGCCGGGGGAUUUUCGAGGAGGACCGGUGAAUGGGAUGCUGUCUCAGCACGCCAUGGUGGAUGGACUGGGCCUGGCAGAGUGGCGGUGCAAAAUGCAGCAGCUGGUGGAGCAGAAGAGGACAGUGGAGCGGGAGCUGGGUGAGCUGAAGGCCCAGUUGGAGAGGACCGGCUAUGCCUCGCUGUCCCAGAUGAGGAUGGCACUGCUGCAGCUGCGGCAGGAGAAUGACAAGUUGAAAGUGCUGGCGAGGCAGGCCACAUGUAGAGGGUUCGAGAAACGUGCGAUGGGUGGGCCGAGCGAGGAAGGCUGCCGAGGCGGCGGCAGGAUUCUGGAGGAGGAGUCAGAAGAGGAGCGGGAGGAGAGAGAGUCGGGGUUGGACGACACAUCUGGGGCUGAACGGGAGCCAAGUCCCAUGCAGGGCAAACGUGGUGCCUCUGGCGUGCUCCUGCGUCAAAGCCGGGGGAAGAGGCCAUGCACUAGGCCGCACUCCUUGGACUUGGGGGUCCUGCUGUCCCACGGCCAGGCUAAGCCACCCACGCAGGGGGCAGUGCGAUACGCGGGUGAGAGCGGGUUUUGGCGGCAUGUGGAGACGGGCCUUCGGGAGCAGGCGGGGCAGCUGCGCACGGACCUGGCGAUGAGCCGGCAGGAGAGCCGUGAGCUGCAGGAGAGGCUGAUGGUGUCGGAGGCCACGGUGCAGGCCCAGGCGGAGCAGCUGAAGGAGUACCGGGAGCUGCUGACUGAGACCUCAGUGGAGCAACACAGUAAGCAGGUCCAGGUGGACCUCCAGGACCUGGGCUAUGAGACGUGCGGCCGCAGUGAAAACGAGGCCGAGAGGGAGGACGCCAGCAGCCCAGAGUUUGAUGACCUGGAGGUAUGCACCGCUCUGGCAAGGCAGGACUGCGUGGCACCGUGGUGGGCAGGGGAUUAUGGGAAAUGUGACGACGUGGCAGACCUGCGCGCCCAGCUGGCUCAGGCACACAGGGCCAUCCGUCGCCUUCAGGCUCGUGUGCGCUCGCUCUCCGCCACCAGUGACUACGCCUCCAGCCUUGAACGGCCACAGCGUGGGACCGAUAGGGCCUCCCGUGGCCCCUGUGCUCCGCCCGCUCCUGGUGGCCCCGAGGAGGACGAGGGCUGGCAGUCAGACGCGCCGGGACAUAGCAGAGAGCUGCAAGAGCUGGUGAUCCGGGUGGCAUCGCUGGAGGCCCAGCUGAAGAGCUCUGGGCUGCGGGGAAAGGACAUCAUGGAGGACACCAAGUCUGCCACCUGGCCAGGGAAGUUUGACACCCUGAUUCAGGCGCAGGCCCGCGAACUCUCUCACCUCCGGCAGCGCAUGCGUGAGGGCCGUGGCAUCUGCCACGCGCUGCAACGCCACCUGGGCGACACCACCAAGGCCUUUGAGGAGCUGCUGCGUGCCAAUGAUGUGGACUACUACAUGGGCCAGAGCUUCCGGCAGCAGCUGGCACAGAGCCACGCUUUGGCUGAGCGUGUUGGCACCAAGAUUGGCGGCCGGGACCGCCCGGAGCUCCGUGAAGACAAGACAGAUCCUGAACUGCUUGUUCUGCGGCUGAGGAAGGAACUUCAGCAGAAGGACGAGAUCAUUGAGUCCCUGCACACCAAGCUACAGCGUGCCGAAACACCUCUGAGCUGCCGUGACCCCUCGGAGACCACCGACCACUCAGAUGGGACCUCCUUCAUGUCAGACGAACGCGGUUCUGUGAACGAGGACCCGGAGCUCAGCUCAGACGUGGACCUGACUAGCGAAUACGGUCAGGAAGAGCAGAGCAGGAGACCACAGCCCAAGCAGACCAGCACAGAGUCCCUCCCUCAAGACCACCCGACACAGUCCUCCGCCAUCCCAUCACCCACCUCCCUAUCUCGUGACACUCAGUCCUACAGCAACUGUCCCAGCAUGCCUUCUACACCACACAUAUCCAUGGACAAUCAGGUACAGAAAGGCCUUCAUUGUGGUCCCAUGUCCAGUUCCCUGCCUAAUCCCCACCCUCAGCACGGGCUAGAGGUCACAGGUCAAAGGGCAGACUUGCCUGUUGAGCCCCACUCUCCCCUCCCGGGGGCAGGGCUAUCCUCCUUGACUGAAGUGCAUCAGGAGCUGCAGUUUCUGCAGAAACAGCUGGGAGAAAGUUUUCCUCUAGCCCACAGUAAGCCAUUGUCCAGCACCCUUCUGGCUUCCGAAUCCCACCCGGACCCUGCCACGUACCCCCCCCUUUCCCAUCACGCAUUUCAACCGAACCAGUUUGCGUGCCCAGUAGGAAGCACUGCUUUAAACACACCUGCAAGCAUUCUGGAGAGUAGUGUUUCGUGGGAAAGAGGGCAUGGCGGCUAUGCCAAUGCUUCAUCUGUCUCAGGGGGCCUUCUCAUGGAGCAGAACCUAAAGGAAGUGCGCAGCCUGAGACAACGUCUGGAAGAGUCUAUCCGUGCAAACGAGUGCCUCCGCCUGCAGCUGGAGGAGAGGCUUGCUUUAGCCACCCGAAAUGGGGGGGCACCCACAAACAUCUACAUCCAGGGACUAGAGUCCCUCACCCCACUGACAAAUGAGAACCGGUCCCUGAAGGAGGAGAACCUCCAUCUCCAGGCCAGACUUCAGGCAUGCAGAGAAAUCCACAAGGAAGUGGAGCAGCUACGGGAGGCGGUGCUGUCUGAGCGGGCCCAGCUGAAGGAAGCAGAGUUAGAGGCAGAGCAGUGGAAGGAGGAGAUUCGACGGCUGCAGGGACUCUGCUGUGAGCAAGCAAAGGAGAUUCAGCAAUUGCAGAAUGAGCGACACAGUAGCCAGGAACGCACCAACAGGCUGCAGCAUGAGGUGAAUCUGCUCGAGCAGCAGUUGUCUGAGAGCCAGCAGCUCCUGCGUUCACUCCAGUGUGAGGUAGAUGUCUAUGACCAGCUCUGUAGGACCUCUAACAGGCUACCGGCAGGGGGAUUGGAACCUGGACGGUAUGGAGGUGAGGUCAGUUUCCUUGGAAACUCCUCCCCCAAGGAUCUGGCAGACUUGUUGGUGGAGGUGCGUGGCCUGCGUGCGCAGCUGGAGCGCAGUGUGCAGGAGAACAGCAGUCUGCGUGCUCAACUGGAGCAGCAGCUGAGAGGGCUCAAAGUCUGCAAUGGAACCCAGUCCUCUGCCAUCUCUGUCAGCACCAUCAGUGUCCCACAUGACCUUGCACCAUCUCCACCCGUCAGGGACAUUGGGCUUCUUAACAUUGUACCUCCCUGCUCACCGUACAGAGACCUAGCUGAUCCAGGACUCGUUGCUCAUGACAUCCUGGAGUCGCACCCCUUGCUGGAAGGUGACGCACCUGAUGGCUCAUUUGCCAGCAAGAAUGGGCGCCACGCAGUGGGCCAUGUGGAUGACUUCAGCGCCCUACAGCAGCAGAUCCUGGAAGGGAAGGUGCUGGUGCAGAAGAUUGAGGCCACACUGCAGUGUUCAAUGGAUGCAGUUUUGACAGGGGUCAUCUCCAGCCAGGCUCUUCAUAAUGGCUAUUUGAAGGGACUCUUCAGCAACACAAGAACCCUCCGGGCAAUCUUGGAGGAGUCCUCCUCUCUCCUCAGGAUGUUCUGGAGGGCUGCUCUCCCUAGCAGUGACAACUUUGCCCAGAAUCUUAAGAAGGAGGAGGCCAUGAAGGAGGAGAUCCAGCAGCUAAGGCGGAGGAUUCAGGACCAGGAGGAGGUGCUGCAAGGGACUGUGGAGAGGCUGCGGAGCACAAACCGCACCAAGGAAAACAUGGAGAACUACAUCGUCAACCAGUUAUCAAGGACACGGGACGUUCUGAAAAAAGCACGGACAAACCUGGAGAAGAACAAGCACAAGGUUUCCACCUUAAGCCCCUCCUCUUCCUCCCCUGGGCCUGGUAAAGCUGAAAGCCCAAGAAGCCCCCUGGAAGGGCGGCGAUCAGACUGGGCUUUGCUGAACACCUCGCAUCAGGAAGGUAGGGAGGCUGCCAGGCAGUGCCCCCCCAAGAAGCGAAGAGGACAGCGUAUGUUUCAAGUGCUGGCUUACUGACCAGUCCGCCAUCACGACCUUUCUCCAGUCCCAACUUGGGAAAGCGAAGAUGUUUUUAUGAGAGAGUCACAAAGACUCCACAGAGGUCUCUUUCAGAACUGUAUUUCUUGACUGACUGAGUGUCAUUUUUUUACACCUGUCAGACUGUAGAGAGUUAUAUGUACUUGCAUGUGUUUAUGUGGCUUUGAAAACAAUUGCGUAUUUAAUAUCAAACAAGUCUCCUUUUUCUCCCCGUUCUGUUCUGUGGAAUGAAAAUGUGAAAUAUUUUCUGGAAUUUUUUAGGGUCUUUUGAAUGUUUUGAAACACAGAAAGGGUUUUUACACAGAGUAUUAAUGUGUUUUAUUAAUGUAAACGGUUUUACCAUCCUUUUUAAAGAAGAAAACAACCUGUACGCAACCCUAAACUGUUCUAGAUGAGCUUGUGCAAUAAGAACUGUUCCUUGACUUCUGUCAUGUCACAUUGGCCUGACACUGAAAUGAUUUAGUUAUUCUACACUUCUAAGAUGGUCAGUGCAAUUCAAGUGAAUUGGAAAUAUUACACACUGAUAUUUGAUAUUCACUAAAAUAUGGAGUUGCAUGGGAAACGUUUGCAUAAAGAGGAUAACCAAUUCUGCCAAAGUUUUAAGUCAAUUUUUAUCAAUAUUCCAGGCCUAUGUGUGGCCUAUUAUUUGAGGUCAUAUGACACUUUGAUGGAUACUUUCUAGAGCCAUCUGGACAGGAGAAACGGUAACCGUUAGACGUUUGGUCUAUUAUCAUUUAAGUAUGGUUCAUGUAGCACUUUUUUUGAAAAUGGACCAAACCUUUUCCAAACUAUCUAGAAGUAUAUUUCACACCUGGGAGUAGUUUUGUCCUGUGAUUCCAAAUCCAGAGUUGUAUUUGUGAAAAAUUAUGUAUCAGUCCUUGAAAAAUUUCAUUUGUGUUGUCAAAUUCCAAUUUGGUUUAGGAAGUAACUCCAGCUGAAAUUCAAGCAGCAUUUAUAUUUUGAGGUAUGUUAUGUGGUCUUAAUGUACUGUAUACCUUGAAAAAUACAAACUUUGGCAGCAUACUGGUAUAACCAGUGUCCUCAGUUUUAGUGUUAAUGACAGUCACAUGCAAAGCUUUUUAACCUGUCAUUAUGCUUAUGCUGUACAUUUUGCUUAUGUUAUAAAAUGCUGUACAUAAUCUGCUUUCUGCUAUGCAGUAUUUAUCAUGUUUUGUGUGAUUUGUACAUAUGCCACUUGCGACACAUGAAAAUGAAAUCUCCUGGGUAGCUGUGCAAUAAUCUUUAUUUUUUUUGUUUUUCCUGUUGUAAUAUCAAACAGUAUUUAGCAGGUUUUCAGUGCCAUGAUUUAUAAGUGAGGUUGCCCCUUUGCACAUAUACCGUACAUACUCCAUAUUUGGUUUGGUCGGCAACUAAGUCAUGCUUAUGAAAAAGUAUAGGAACCCUUUGGAAUUAUGCAGAUUCGUACAUCGCAUCUUAAGAAUCAUCCAUGCAGCAAUACCGAUAAUUCCAAAGGGUUCACAAACUUUUUGUCAUAACUGUAAUUUAGCUGCUCUAGCAAGUACAUACAUUUUUUGCAAGUUGUGUCACUUUUCUGGCUUUUCUCGUUGCCUGUCAUGACUAUUUACUUUGUGUGAAGACAGCAUGGCUUGCUUUGUGUUCCCUCCUAUUCAGUGUUCAUAACAACUACCAAAGUUCUAUGGAAGAUCCCCAGUCAAAGAGCUGUUUUAGAAUGAUAGAUUUUAAUAUGAAAAAUGCGAAUUCAAAAUAAUCUGCAGAAAAUUUGUGGUAAAUUGAGAAAGCGGAGAUACUUACCGUAAUGCUGUGUAUACUUUGUGUAGAAGGGAAGCAUGCCUGCUGGGCAUGAGCUUUGUAUGAUAUGUACAGUAUAUAGACAGUGGUCCAUGACAAGUUGUUUUUGAUGGAACGUGUGAGCAAACGUAUUUGCAAAUGUACUGACUCAAGCGCUGUGUUCCAGUCAGACCAUGUGUGUGAAGUGUUUGGGUUGAGAUAUUCUGGGAUGCUUUGGAUUAUUGGGGAAUUAAAUAAGUAAAUCUUGUUA